CUCUUUCUUCUUCUUCAUGUGGGCAGAAGCAAAGUAUGUUAAUGGAGCUCUCUUUCAACACCUCCUGCAACUUCGAAACCCUAACAUUGAUUUCUCCUUCUCCUUUACAACAAUCCCUUAACUUCACUCCCAACUCUCUCAUCUUCUUCUCCUCUCCUCGUCGCUUAGCCUUGUCCGUCUCUGUAUCCGCCUCGUUUCACCAACCUAGCUCCGAUUCUUCUUCGCAGACAUCAAACCACGAGGACCACCAGCUCUCCCUCGCGCGGGUCUCUAUCUCCGAGUUUCUCCGACGAGAGAUUGGACUGUCCGAGGCCGAUUCGGAUUUCAUCUCAGAGAAUUGUCCCAAGUACACGAGGAUGAUCGUGGAGGGCGUUAGGGAUCUGGAGGAGUGGGACACGUGGAAGGGGAACGAGGGUUUAGGGUUUAGUGAGAAAGUGGUUUACAUGGUGAAGCACAAGGGUGAUGGUGAUAAAGUCGCCUUCUUGGAGAGUCUUGGAUUGAGUCUGUCCUCUGCUAUGUACUUGUCUCAUUACGUCUCCUCUGUAACACUCCCGAGACUUCUCGAUAAGGUUAAGUACCUGAAGGGAGUAUUCUUUUCUGGCAGUGAUGAGAACGGUCUUGUUGGAGCCUAUGCACGGCGAAUGAUGGUUUACUUAUCUAUCUCCAUUGAUGAAGAUGUGCAGCAAACUCUAUCCUUUUUUGAAAAGAUUGAAGCGAGGCGUGGAGGCUUGGACAUGCUGGGCUCUGUAGAUGCGUCUUUCAGGUUUUUAUUAGAGUCGUUCCCUCGGCUUCUUCUGCUUUCGGAAGAGAAUGAUAUGAAGCCUUUGGUAGAGUUUCUUGAAAGCGUUGGUGUUUCUAGAGAUUGCUUGGGGAAGGUGCUUUUGUUGUACCCUCCCAUCAUGCUCAGCAAAGCUGAGGAGAUGAAAAGAAGAGUGGUCGCAGCUCUGGAGAAGGUUAGCGUGGUGAGUAAAGAUUCUGGAAAAGUGCUGAUGAAGUAUCCGUGGAUUCUUUCACCGAGCGUACAAGAAAACUAUCCACGUAUUGUCUCCUUGUUAGAGAGUGAAUCGGUGCUCAAAACGGAUAUUGACCACGCAAUAAGGAGAUGGCCAUUACUCCUCGGUUGCUCAACGAGCAACAUGAAGAUGAUGGUAAAGGAAUUUGAUAAACUAGGUGUUAGAAAUAAAAGGAUGGGAAAGGUUAUACCCAAGAGGCCUCAGCUUUUGUUAUAUAAACCACAAGAGUUCCUCAAGGUUGUUGCCUUUCUGGAAGAUUUGGGGUUUCAAAAAGAGAUCAUCGGUCAAAUACUCUGUCGGUGUCCUGAGAUAUUUGGCUGCAGCAUUGAUAAAACCCUCCAGAAGAAGCUCAGCUUUCUAACUCGUUUCGGUGUUUCCAGUACUCAUUUCCCAAGAAUCAUAAAGAAGUACCCGGAGUUUCUCUUAUACGACGCAGAGAAAACAGUGCUUCCUCGGCUUAAGUACCUGAUGGAGAUUGGGAUAUCAAAGAGGGAGAUUGCUUUCAUGAUACGUAAGUUCUCACCGUUAUUAGGAUACAGCAUUGACAACGUGCUUAGACCCAAGUUAGAAUUUCUGGUGAACAGCAUGGAGAAACCGGUUAGAGAGGUAAUAGAUUACCCAAGGUACUUCAGUUACUCUCUGGAGAAGAGGAUAAAACCGCGGUUUUGGGUACUCAAAGGAAGGAAUAUAGAAUGUACAUUACAAGAAAUGUUAAGCAAAAACGAUGAAGAGUUUGCUGCUGAUUUCUUGGGUUUAGGAGAGCUUCAUCAAACUCACAGUGAAACCUCUUAGAUUAUCAUAUAGGCUACAAGUUUCUUUGAGAAAGCUCACUAUAGGAGCUUCUUCAGUUUUGUUUGUUUGUAUUUUUUGUUCAUAUAGCUGCUAGUGUAUUUACUUGUAUACGGUGGUGUAUGGUUUUGGCUAUUAAUGCUAAUUAAGAACUAAGUUCUUUGCUCACAGAAAA